GCGGCCAUAACCGUAACCAACCAUUUCCCGCCAUGUUUGCUCUUACUCCCACCAAAACCCUAUCAGCUUCUCCACUGCUCUCCCAUCUGCAAAACCCUAAUCCCAAAUCCUCUGUCAGGCCCCAAUGUUCCCGUUCUCCGCCUCAAAUUAGUCCCUCGAGCUGCAAUUCCCAGCUUCUGACGGAAAGCGGUCUCGAGUUCGAGGCCGGCGACACAUUCUUCCGCCACGAGAGCGCCACUGGCCGGGACCUAGGCGUCCUCGCGGCCUGCCUUUACAGGAAUUCCUAUGGAAGGUUGCGGGUCCUCGAUGCAAUGUGCGGUUGUGGGGUCCGCUCCCUCAGGUACCUCGCCGAGGCCGAAGCCGAUUUUGUGUUGGCCAAUGACGCGAAUGAUGAUUACAGGAGUGUGAUUGAGGGUAACCUGUCUAGAGUUCUGGACGAGGAGGGGAGAUGCACUGUUGUGAGUAAUGACGCGAAUCGGGUCAUGACCGAGUGUUACCUGAGGAGGGAUUUCUUCGAUCUGAUCGAUGUGGAUUCCUUUGGGAGUGAUUCCACCUUCUUGAGGUCUGCAUUCAAUUGCUUAAAGCUCGGCGGGUUGCUUUAUAUCACGUCCACUGAUGGGUACUCUUCAGGCGGCCACAGGCCUCAUCAUUCGUUAGCUGCAUAUGGAGCAUAUGUUCGCCCGAUGCCAUAUUCGAAUGAGAUUGGUUUACGAAUGCUUAUAGGUGGGGCUGUCCGUGAAGCUUCUGUACUGGGCUAUCGUGUUACUCCUCUCUUCUCUUAUUACUCAUAUCAUGGACCAGUCUUUCGUGUCAUGCUCCAAGUUACCCGAGGGAAGCUUCCCGAUAGCAGGCAUUACGGGUUUAUUAGUUACUGCACUAGGUGUGGGAACUCUCAGUCUUACUCUUGGGAUGAGCUUGGUCAGCUGAGUUGCCCCUGCAAUGAUGGGAAGGAUUCGAGUUCGCUCGUCAUCUCUGGGCCCCUUUGGACGGGACCACUUCACUGUGCUUCUUACCUCAGUGAUAUGUUAAAAAUGGCUGAGCAACGGGGAUGGGUGGGUGAUGGGAGAGGGUCUGAUCUAGAGAAACUUUUACUUCUGAUGUUGGACGAAAGUGACCCGAGACUGCAUUUUGGUUACAUCAAAUUGGAUGAGGUUGCUAGCCGUGCCAAGAUAAAUUCUCCUCCACUCAGGGUCAUGAUGAGUGCCUUGCACAAGGAGGGAUAUGCAGUUAGUAGGUCACAUAUUGCAUCGAAUGCCAUCAAGACAGACUCUUCCAUGGCUACUUGCAUUCGAAUUGCAAAAGGCCUUCAGCAGUGUUGAAUGGUCGCUAAGCCAUUCUGUCCUUCGCGUAGGCCGUACUGAGGGAAACAGACCCCGACUCCUUCCUUUUGCAUUUUGGCUUCUCUCAUUGAAGAAGGAAGGGAAAUUGCGAUCCUUUUGACUUUCAAGCACAACAGGAUAGGAGUUGAAUAGGAGAAAGAUUAAAAGCGGUUUCCAGAAUCAAACUUCGAAGACUGAGGCAAGACAGGAACCGAAGCUUUUACUGGCAUGUGAUGCCCUGUAGGGUGUAUCGACCUUAGUCAUAAUAAUAUGAGCAUUAUUUGCUUGAACAAAUGACGUUCGAUUAGCAACUAAUGUGCCAGUCGAAUGAGUUCAUAGUUGA